CGGCAAGCCAGAGCUACAGCCGGUCCAGUGCCUUGAUGGCAGGGCGCUUCCCAAAGGUGUGCCCACAUAUUGCUAUAUGCCGGUUUGGCUUGGACGUCCGAGCGAAGAGGUUUCUCUUCGGGAAUCCAGGAUCUUACUCACCGACUUUGGGGUUGCAUUCAAGCCCUCAGAAGAGUGCCGGACUUCUUAUCCUAUCCCCUUGAUGUUGACCCCACCAGAGAAGCAAUUCCUCCCUGACAAGCCUGUCUCAUUUCCAUCCGAUAUAUGGUCUCUUGCCUGUACAAUAUGGUCAAUCAUUGCGCCGGGAGACUUGUUUGCAGCGUACUGGGAGAACCUGUUAAUCUAUGACUAUACCGAGGUCUUGGGCAAGCUGCCCACCGAAUGGUGGGAGCGCUGGCACGGACGAACUGAAUGGUUUGACGAGAAUGGCAAUAUAAAAGACGAAGAUGAACCCCCGAAGACGUUAGCUGAUCGCCUAGAGGAGUAUAUACAGAAGCCAAGAGAAAGGGUGGGGAUGGAGACAAUGGGGUACGAAGAGAAGGAGGCUUUCCUUUGCCUUCUCUGGUCGAUGCUGAAGUACUUGCCGAGUGAAAGGAUUUCAGCUGACGAGGUUUUAGAGUCAGAAUGGAUGCGUAGGUGGGCAAUCCCUGAACUCGAUAGAGCUGGAACUGAAGGUGAUAGCGACACAGACAACUCGGGGUUGGAUAUUGAACGGAGGCCCUAGGAACAUAUCCG